AUGUAUCAGCCGGUGCCUCUCACUCGAAAGAGGAAAAAAGAAGAAGCAAAGAGCGAAAAAAGAGCAGUGGUCAGGACUGGGGGAGCUCGGCGGCGCCAUGGCACGACCUCCCACUGGAACGCCGUUCCGCGUGUUCGUGUUGCUCUUUUUUUCAUGUCCUCAGGCUCUUGCACCGAGGGUGAGAACGCCAGAGACGCAGAGCCGUCGCUGGGUGCGCCUGUCCGAAAAAAAAAACACACUCAGUUAGUUUGAUAGAGCACCCGUCUACGCUAUCGCUAGGUUCUGGUCUCACUUUUUUUAUAAGUUUCGAAAAAUAAUAAAAUCAUUAUUGCCGCUUCAACUCGAUCUCGCGAAACUUGAAAUCGUAUCUGGCUCUUCCAAUUUGUCGUUAUCUUUUUUACUCUUUGGAACUACUUUGAACGCGGCGGGAAUGCUUCGAAAAAAAUUUUUUCAAAUUGUUCUAUCAAAAUUUUGUCCAGGAAAAAAAAAACUACGUGACUCCAUUUUCCACGAUCCGAGCGCUGUGAAGCAGCAUGUGCAGUGCGCAGCGGUCGCGGAAACUGUCCAACUUUGCAGAAUUAAGAACACAAAACUGGGAAUGUCCUAUUGGAAGUUUGAUACCCUUCUAACUAUUUUUUUGGUGUUCAGCUUACGUUUUUUUGACUUUUGAAUGGAUUAAAACAAACUUUUACGCGUCUGAACGCUAAAUGCUUCCCAUCUUUUCAUGCCCCGAACGGGGUAUUGUCGCAAAGUUGAGGGUAUUUCUUUACGUCUGCAGGUAGAUGGACCUGUCUCACAUCCAAUAGUAAAAAUUCAGGUUUCCGAGUUUUUUGUUAUGCUUUCUGAAAGCUGCUUUCAAAUUCAUUUUCUCAAUUUAGUUCAUUUUUUUGGAUGAAAUUUUUUUGAUUUAGUUUUGAGUACAAAAAGUUUGUCAGAAAACUUUUAAAGACAAAUAAUUCAAGUUUAGCACAUUUCUGGGUUGUCUUUUCUUUUAUUGAACUCGAAAAAUGUGCGAAGUAUAAAGAUUGGAGGUCGAAAUUGAAUAAUCUAAUUAUCUAGACCUAUAAUAUGAGCAAUGAGUCGUCUAGUUCGGCGAGGGCCGGCACGCCCAGACACCCGUUUCUUUUUUUUUGUUUUUUUUUUCAAUGCUCGCGGCCGAUCUAUUAUAAAGACGAGAGACUCGCGGUUUUGCGGAAAAAAAUUGAAAAAAAAAUGAGCAAAGUGGGAGGAGCGGCAUCAAGACAGCGACCAGCAAUUCUUCCGUCUUCAAUUUUUCUCGAUCCAAUCUCGGUGCAACUGGAAAUCUAAGUGGAUACUUGAUUUAUAUUGAAAAUAAAAGUUAUAUUUUUCAAACAAUUUGGAAGGAAUGUUUUUAAACCUUUUUUUGCUAACCGAACAAUGGAUUUUUUCCCAAUCAGUUCCUAAUAUCAGAGACCCUGAUAUUCACAUUCUUCUAGUGAAAAGAGAAAACCCUGUUCCCCAGUGACUGAACCUAUAAACGAGAAGGUGAACGAACAGUGAAGGUUUGCUGGAGCGAUCUUUUUUUCGCGGCGGCGCCGUUUUUUGCGACUCUCGUGCCCGACGGCGCUAUUUCGCUGAAAUAUGCUUUUUUGCUGCGCACGUACAGCCAAUGCACAAGAGUGCCUUCUUUUCCUUGCCUAUUUCCGAAAAUGUCCUUUGUCCUCGUUUUUUUUCCUUUGCUAUUCAUUUUUUAUUCUAGCUUUUUAUAAAUAGGCUUCUAAAUUUCUUCAUUUCAAACAUGGCUUGAUUAGAAAUUUGAGCAUUUCUCUCCUUAUAGUUCCAAGUUGUCUUAGUCUCACUUCAAAGUUAAAGAUAUAAUUGUGAUGGUGUCAGAGGCUGACAGCUCGAUCUUCACAAGUUUUCUCUAAAAAAUAACAAAAAAACUCCAUUGAAAAAUCAAAAGGUAAGUCGAAAAACUUCGAAAUUUCAGCGGUACAUACUUUUUGUUCAGUAAGAUGAAAAGGAAAAAAAAGUAUCAUGUCGUAGAAAAACAUUGAUAGUUUAACGACGCAAAAGGACUUCGUUUCUAUCCUCGAAAGAAGAAUAUAUUUCUGCUCACGUUGUCCCUCCGGGCUUUUUCCACCUCACAUGACCGUAUUCCUUACACCCCGAAGAAAUUACGCCGCAAAACGGCGUUUUUUUCCAUCGCCGACGCGCCGCGACGCACCCCACUUCCAGAGGUUUUUUGGGUGUGCAGCCGGCCUGUCUACGUCUCCGUAUAUGCGUUUCUUACCGCUUUUUACGAGAUAUCCUGUCCCAAUUCUCCUUUUCAAUCUUUUUUCCUGGCUCCUCGCCGUCUUCUUCCUCGAAGUGUCACAAGAAGACGCUCUUCCCAUUUUAGAUAACAAAAGUAAACAAGAAUCAACUAUAAGACGUUAUUUCUCUUCAUCUUCACAUUUAUGGAUUAGUUUUCUCUCUUUCAAAAUUUUUCUCUUUUUUUUGUAUUGAUUUCUCGGACUGUUUGAAUCGCGGAAAAGCUGCUUUUUUCAGAAAGCUCGCAAAACCCGUAUGAAGGACUAUGAACUCAUUAAAAUAAUACCAGGUAGCAGAAUCUUCUAAUGAGCUCGUUCUGAACAAAGAAAGCUUGCCGCGGUGUUUGACGGAUUUACCUGUUUGGUUAAUUAGGAUUCUAAUGACUAGUCUCUGCUUUUCAUGGACAAUCAUCGAAGGUUGACUUCUAUAUGUUGACAAGAGGAUAGAUAGAACAAGAUUCUUCAAACUGGCAUCUUUUUCAUGGCUUCCUUGUAAAAAGCUAGGUUCAGUGUUUUGAUUGCGAUGAAAUACCAAACAAUUUCGGCUAUCCACAAAAAAUAGAUUCCAAAAUAGCUUCUCUCGUUGUAUUUUAUCCGUUUUGCUCGAUCUUUAUCCGAAUUUCUCAAAGUUCGCUGUUAUUAGGAGCUUUUGGAGUUAAAAAUACAGAACUUAGACUCGCUUGACAAAAAAGAACUCUGUAUGAGUCUCAGUUUGAACUCUCGGCCUUGGACGAAACAUCUUCCUAGUUUUCUCAUUAAUCAACGCCGUUGGUGGGCCGGAAAUCAUCACUUUUUUUUCGCCCCGAUUUGUUUUCCCAAAAAGGCACUUCUUUUUGCACCUCGAUUUUCGAAUCCGAAGCCACGGAGAGAGUCCGGUCACGGUCUUCCCACCACUUUUUCGUCGUUUCCCGCUUUUUUUUCGACGUUUGCGCCCCUCCGACUUGGUUUCAUCCAUUUUUCUCUCGUCUUGUCGGUUCAACUAUAACAAUUUCCCAUUUUUUCGAUCUCAUUGACUUCUGUUCAAAAUAAGUAUCUUGAUAAGUUACAGUUCAACUUUUUUCAAAGAAGUACGUAAAUCACUUAUUUCGAACAACGAGUAUGUUAGGCCGGCGUCUUAAACUGAUCUUCUGAGAAACUCUGCCUAACCUGAAAUUUGCAGACGAGUCAAACUCAGCUCGAACUUGGGUCGGCUAUCAAAUAGCCACCUACCACGACGGAAGAUUCCUGGCUGAAGUAACUAUUUUUGGAGUCCUAAAAGGACGUUUUCUUUUGGGCAGGCCCAUCCGAUGUCAAGAGCCUUCUGA